GGUGGUGAUGCAGAGAUUCCUCCAGUGAGGGAAACCUCUAUCUCAGCUGUAUCCUCUGGUGUUGCUCCUGCUGGAGUGAAUACAUAAGAGUGGAUAAAUAUAAGGCGUCCUUGCAGUAGACUGUUUGUUGUGUUGCAGUGUGUGCUGCUGCUGCUGCUGCUGUUGCUGCUGCUGCUGCUGUUGCUGCCUGCUGCUGCUGCUGUACUACUACUCCUCCUCCUCCUCCUCCUCCUCCUCCUCCUCCCCACCUGGCUUAACAAGAGCCGCGUGUCGAGCUCUGAAGGACAAGAAGCAUCUCAUGUGCAUGAGGUGAGCAGAGCAGGAGAAGAGGCACGGCACAAAGGAUUGCAAAAUGAUGGAUGUUUUUUUCCACAUUUGCUCUGAGUUUUAAGUUUUGAGGUUUGAGUCACCGCCAGUAGCUGAUCAAAGAAGAAAAGGAGUCCAGGAGGGAGAUAACGUGAGGAGAAGUUGACAGUGGAAGGAUAUAGGAUGAUCUUGGGAAGCGUAAACCGACCGGGGCCGGUCCCUGCCUUCUUUAGGAGCCCGCCCGUCCUACCACCCCCGCUGGAUAUGAAGCCCUUCCUCCAGUUCCCCAUGGAAUCCCCUCAUCCAGCCAGCAUCGGCCUUUUCCAUAACCUAACCACAAUGGACCCCAUCCAGAAGGCUGUGAUGACGCACACCUUUGGACCGCCGAUGGUCAAGACAAAACGGCCAGUCAUCUCCUGCAAUGUCUGUCAAAUACGCUUCAACUCAGAGAGCCAAGCAGAGGCCCACUAUAAGGGGAACCGCCACGCACGAAGGGUGAAAGGGAUCGAGACAUCUAAGACAGCUCGUCUCCAAGAUGGGGACAAACAGCUCCCACCUCCCACUGCCUCCCCCUCACCCCCAGGCCCUGAGCCCGCCAGCCCUGAGCCCGAUUCCUAUAAGCACGAUGUCACCCAAUCCUGUCCCAACUCCGAGUCAUCUUUGAUCGCUAACCGCCUCCCGACACCCACACUGAGCUCAACAGACGCAGAGUUUACGCUCCUGCCUUCUUCUGUCAGCUUGCCUUCGCCAUCCUCUCCCUCUUCCAGUGCGGCCCUUAGUUCCCUACCUGCAGAUCCAGCGGCGGCUGCUCCUCCUGACGCCCUGUCCCCAGUGCCCAGCCCGUCUUCAGCAGAGUCAGAGGAAGAGAAAGCCAAGAAGCUUCUUUACUGCGCCCUGUGCAAAGUAGCUGUUAAUUCGCUCUCACAACUUGAGGCCCAUAACAAAGGAACCAAGCACAAAACCAUUCUGGAGGCACGGAGUGGACUGGGACCUAUUAAAGCAUACCCACGCUUGGGUCCUAAACCCAGCACAGAGCAGGGAGGGGAGCUGUCCUCUGACCCCAACACUCAGGAACGCACCUUCCACUGUGAGAUCUGCAAUGUUAGAGUCAACUCCGAGCUGCAGCUCAAACAGCAUAUAUCUAGCCGAAGGCAUCGUGAUGGAGUUGCAGGGAAACCCAAUCCCCUUCUGAGUCGGCACAAGAAGCGCACAGACUAUAUGGAGCUUCCAAAAUCUCUCGGGGCUGGACUCUUACCAAAUCCCCUGGCCGUCGCUGCAGUGAUGGCGGCCGCGGCAUCCUCCAAUCAGCUGGCGCUACGUCCUCAUGGCCCGGCCUCCCACCCACACCCUCACCACCACCUCCUACAGGGAACAACCCUCAGCCUGCUGAGGCCUGCCCCGGGCCCCAUCCGCACCACACACGGGCCAAUCCUCUUCACUCCUUACUGAUGAGAGAAUGAUGAGAAAACAGGAAGAAGCACACUGUGAAGUGGAGCCCUGCAUCCAUGUGCCAUCACGAGUCAAAUCAGCUGCUGUGGCUCGAUGAACAUAAUUACGACUCUUCAUGGUGCAUAGCUGCAGUCAGACCACUGCUGUUAUGUUAACAAAGAGAAAUAACAGACUCAAACAUCUCAAAUCUCCAACAUUUCAAAGAGACUCUGCGUUCCCAUCAUCCCACCUCUUGCUUCAUUACUUAACUAUCUGCCAAUCGUCAGACUGACUCUUUACAUCGCUUGAAGAGGAACUUUCUGUCGAGCAUGGGAUUCUUUGAGCAUCCACCAAUCAGCAACUGAUUGAGCGUCCUCAUCUACCACACCAUUCUCUGUAUCUGACUCAAAACCCUACCUCUCUUGUGUUUUAAUGUUCAUCUCUGCAAGGAUUCCUUACAUAUCCAAAGCAUUAAUGUGAUCAAAAACAUGUGCUGGGUUAGAUAUAGUAGUUACCUCUAAUGUUAGCUGGUAUCAUACUGUAGUUGUCACAGUGGAGAGUUUCACUGUACAGUUCUGUGUUGUGGCCUAUAGAAAGGUCAGUUGUUUCUGCGGUUACUGACAAACGUAUGUGCCCAACCCAGCAGCUGGCCACCCUGUCCUGUAGUUACUGCUGUGGCUACACAGAGGAAUUGAAAGAGGAAAGACUCAAAGAGUAAAAAAAAAUAAAUAAAUA